UUUUCAUGCAAAUAUCGAACAAUUAAUAUGUCUUGCUGUGUGGUUAACUGACUAACAGAACGUGAGGAAGUGUAUUUUGAGCCGGGAGUUAGGCGCUGCCAAGAUGGUGAUGGCGGAGCAGAGCCCAGUCUGACCGUUAAACUCCAACUGCUCUUCAGGAACCUAUGGGUAACAUCGCAGAGGCAACGUCCAUCUGGUUUGGAUCAUGGUUUUGAGAAAAGGCGGACUUGAUGUUUCCCCCUUUGUCCAAUCUUAUGCUCAGUUAAGGUAACCGGAUAAACUGUCAAUCUUCUCAUCUAACUCUCGGCAAGAAGGUAAGAGAGCAUAUUUCCUAAAACCUUGUACUGUUCCUUGAAGCCGUUUCGUGUUUCAACCAAACCACCAAAGACUUUAUGGCUCCAAUAACUUAAUUUAAGAUGCAUAGCUUUACCGUGUAUUAGCCUAGUUACAGGUAACCAUAAAACAGAACCUAUGUCUCAAUUAAACAUUUGGUCAAUCAACAGAAAAUUAAUCAGCAACAAUUUUGAUAACUGCUUAAUCUAGCACAUUUUUCUUAACAAAAAUGGUAAAAUUAAUAAUAAAAAUCAGUUCCAAAUUCUCAAACGUGAUCAAAUUUUCUUGUGUCCUUUGUCAACUUAGGAGGAGGAUGUUUGCCAUUUUCUUUGAUAACGAUUAAUCUAUUAAAUUAUUCUCUCUACUAAUCAAUUCAAUGACACGCCUCAUGUAGUUUCAGCUCUAAAAUGAUCCCUAGUUGCAGCCAUGAGACUAAACAAAAUUCUCAAACAGCACUGCAGACAUAAUUCCUGCAGAUUUAAUGUGGGAAAAAUUAUAAAUCAGAACACACACACACACACACGGGGCCCCACAGGACUACUGUAGUGACGUUUUAAGUCAGUCAAGUUGAGCAGACUUGUGAUGUUGCUACACAGCGCCUCUAGGGUCGUGCAUGUGCUUACACUGGAGGAGAGUAGUAGAGAGGGAGAGGUGGGAGCGCAGAGAGAGAGAGAGCAGUCAUUGUCGGUGAAGGACCAUGACAGUCCGGAGCGGCAGUAGGAAGUCUCUAACUCCAACCUUCACCUGCAGCUAAAACACCACAGAAAAAGAAAAAAAAACCCGCGACAGAAACAUGCGAUCUGACAGAAAAUUUCGCGCCCGUAGUUCACUCGUGCCUUUGCAAACACCUUCAGGGAGUUCACAUGUUUCUGCGUGUCGACGAAGAGGCAAUGUUUAGGCUCAGACGACCGGCAGAGCCCCGCGGAGUUUGGAUGUGUGUUUCGUAGCCCGUCAGAUGAAAGAGGACACAUUAUUGAAUCAGGAGACACAGCGACACGGAGCACCGCGAAUGUAGUCUUCAGGGGAAAGCGAAACACUGUACCUACCGGUGUCUUCCUGCGGUCACUCUCCUCCUGUGUGUGUGUUUCGGGCUUUUCUCACAGUGCUGUGUGGCUAAAGUAGGGGACGAUGCAGGUGAAGAAGCACCGGGACUCGGACCGGAGCGGCGGGGACAUGCUGGAAGCAGACGGCCUCCGCAAAAACUCCUCAUGCUUCUCAAAUAUCAAGAUAUUCUUGAUAUCGGAAUGCGCCCUCAUGUUGGCACAGGGCACCGUCGGAGCAUACCUGGUGAGUGUGCUGACCACCCUGGAGAGACGGUUCAACCUGCAAAGUGCUGACGUCGGAGUGAUAGCCAGCAGCUUUGAGAUAGGCAACCUGGCACUGAUCCUGUUUGUCAGCUACUUUGGGGCCAAAGCACAUCGUCCCCGUCUGAUAGGCUGCGGGGGCAUUGUCAUGGCACUCGGCGCCCUUCUCUCAGCUCUCCCGGAGUUUUUAACAAAUCAGUAUGAGAUACGCGAAACGUGGAGGACUGACGUGGGUCGGGAUGAUUGCUCCAACACCAGCAGGGACGCCCAGGUGCCAGUGGACCCUGUGUGCGCCCACAAGCCCAACACCAACAUGAUGUACCUGCUGCUGAUCGGAGCUCAGGUCCUGCUGGGUAUCGGAGCCACGCCGGUGCAGCCUCUAGGGGUGUCCUAUAUCGAUGAUCAUGUGAAGAAGAAAGACUCCUCACUCUAUAUAGGAAUCCUCUUCUCUACGCUGGUGUUUGGGCCUGCCUGUGGCUUCAUCCUUGGCUCCCUCUGCACUAAAUUCUAUGUGGAUGCUAUCUUCAUUGACACUAGUAAGCUGGGCAUCACUCCAGAUGACCCGCGGUGGAUCGGGGCCUGGUGGGCAGGCUUCCUCCUGUGUGGUGCCUUACUCUUUUGCUCAGCUCUUUUGAUGUUUGGCUUCCCACAGUCACUGCCGACCAAGGAGAGAGAGGAGGGGGCAGACAGUGAGCAAGUUAUGCUUCCUCCCUCUCUGAAUGCAGACUAUGAGACUCCAAAGCCCAGCAAUGGGGUUGUACACAACCACGAGGCUGCCAACAGCCCCACCUGCUGUCAGCAACUCAGGGUGAUCCCCAAGGUGACCAAGCACCUCCUGUCGAACCCAGUGUUCACCUGCAUCAUCCUGGCAGCCUGUAUGGAGAUCGCUGUAGUGGCCGGCUUUGCAGCCUUUCUGGGGAAAUACCUUGAGCAGCAGUUCAACCUCACAACCACAUCAGCAAACCAGCUGUUAGGUAUGACAGCUAUUCCGUGUGCAUGUCUGGGGAUCUUCAUGGGCGGGCUGCUGGUGAAGAAGCUGAACCUGUCGGCGCUGGGAGCUAUCCGCAUGGCCAUGUUGGUCAACCUGAUAUCCACUGCCUGCUACGUCUCCUUCCUCUUCCUGGGUUGUGACACGGGUCCAGUCGCAGGAGUGACGGUCACAUAUGGCAAUGAGACGCUUCGAGUGGGUGAGAAACCAGAGGCUCAAUGCAUCAGUCACUGCAACUGCUUCACCUCCUCCAUCAGCCCUGUGUGCGGCUCCAACGGUGUCACCUACCUGUCCGCCUGCUUCGCCGGCUGCACCCGAACAGGAAGUGCUCGGACCACAUCGAAUAUCUCUCAGAACCUGACGGGAUGUACUUGUGUAUCCGCUGACACUGAAUCCGCCACAGCAGUUCCAGGGAAAUGUCCAACGCCGGGCUGCCAGGAGGCUUUUCUCAUCUUCCUGUGUGUGAUCUGUGCCUGCAGCCUGGUCGGAGCCAUGGCCCAGACUCCAUCUGUCAUCAUCCUAAUCAGGACCGUGAGCCCUGAACUGAAAUCAUACGCACUUGGAGUGUUGUUUCUUUUGCUACGACUUCUCGGAUUCAUCCCCCCUCCUCUGAUCUUUGGUGCUGGGAUCGACUCCACUUGCCUUUUCUGGAGUUCAGACUGCGGCAAUAAGGGCGCUUGCCUGCUGUACGACAACAUAGCUUACAGACAUCUGUACGUGAGCCUUGCCAUCAUCCUGAAGGGCAUCGCCUUCCUCCUCUACACCACCACAUGGUAUUGCUUACGCAGGAACUACAAGAAGUACAUCAAAGGUCACGAGGGCUACAUGACGCCGACUGAGUUUUACCCCUCUCUCACAGAAGGCCCCAAACUAGUUGACAGGACAAAGUUUAUAUAUAACCUAGAGGACCAUGAGUUUUGUGAAAAUAUGGAGUCAGUUUUAUAGUUCGUAAAGCAAGAAAAGGACUAAAGGACAAUGUGGACAUUCAUAUUCUCUCAAAGGAAUAAUAUUUUAUGAUUUUAUUCUUCUUUUCUUGAAAGGAUGAAACAAAAUGUUUUUGAUAAAGGCGAUCUAUUUAACAGCCCGUUCAGGUCAUAGGAGACGUUGCGCUCCACUUCGCUCCACGUUAAACUUUCGAAAGGGUCCAUUUUAGUUGUUUACGUUAUCAGCGAGGUGUUGUCCAGUGUUUGCCGGUGAAUUCCUGUGUUGACUUGGUGGUAGAAGACCUCUACAGUACUGUCUGGCUCAGUCCUAGUUGAUUAUUAGUGAGUGGACAUGAUGCUACUACAACUAUAGUUGCCAUAUUGUUUUAGGUCUGUCAUGAUCCCAGUGAUCUGUGUGACAAAUGACAGUUUCCUUUCACUCAGUGCACUGUGUGUUCUGUCCGUCACUCUCAAAAAUGAGAUUCUUAUGAUUUAAAAAGAAAAAAGAAAAAAAAAAAAGUUUGGGUGGUUCUUCAGUUAUUCAUAUUUAAAAGUUGCCAAGUGUUUACAAACUAAUAGUUCAUCACUUAAUGCAUUUUAUUUUGAUGCAGAAAGGUUUCUUAUUAAAAGAGAACAGAAACACUCUGACUGGGUUAUUAUAGUGGCCUAUUAGAUGUUUUAACUGUCAGAAAAUCAAGUUUAAUAACUUUAAAAAAAGAUAGUGUUCUCAUGUCAUCAUGCACUGUUCAGUUUCUUGUUCUCUUGCUGGAUGAAAGACACUGUUUUUGAUACUGCUUGGACUAGACUGUGAAGUCUUGUCUUAUAGGUGCAAAUGUGCAAUUCAUAUCUGAUACGUCCAUGUUUAUAACUAGUCUUGUGUCAGACUGCGGGUUGGUUUUUCAUUAUAACAGUUUGUUUCAUUUCCAUGUUUGUUUUUUACAUCUGCAGAGUUUAUUCAGCCUAAUAUGUCUUAAUAAGGGAUUAUUCAAUUAAGAAUGUUAAUUUAAUUUCUUUUGACUUUUGCACUUAGUGGAAGAGCAAAGACGAAAAUCAAGAUUAAUAUUUUUCAAGUAAAAAAGAUUAGGAGUAAUAUAUUUAUUUCGUUAGGCCCAGAAUGUUUUAUUAAAGUGUGUUUGAGAGGAAAGUUUAAAUUACAUAUAAUCUAAUUGUCUGAGAAGUGUGUGUCUGAGGUCACAAAAGAUUUGGGACAAUUCAUGGCAAUGAAAAUACUAUGUUACAUCAUUGGGAAGAAAAAAAAAAAAAACACACAAACUGUGUCUUCAAGCUAGGUCUGUAAUAUUUGGGAUGAGGUUUUUCAGAAAUGCUACAGGAGGAUGUGUUCAAGGUCAAACAACAACUGAACAACUGAAUUUAUUCCUGGACGUGGUUUUGAAGAACUCUUUGACGUGACUCUGCACAUACAACCUGCUUCUCUACUGAUCUCUCUGCAGUUACAGUUUUGACAUAGUCCCUUUUCUUACACUUUUUGUAUGGCAACAUAUCAUUUAUUUUACUCUGGAAAUAAAUUAUUUUUCAGAAAAUAAAUUGAAAUAUGAAUGUU